AUGUCACAGGCUACUGCUCAGCUUGCAGCUGUCAUCAACAUCUUGUCAACACUUCGGCCGUAUUUUCCUCAAAUUGUGCAGCUCGUUUCACGUCAUGAGACACCAUCCACCAUGAUCGACCCGGCCAUUCGUCUGAGACGCGCUAUUCAUAUCGGUGACAACCUCUUAGCCAAACGAAUCCUCGACUCCCAUCCGACCCUUCUUCACAAUCCCGAUUCAUCAUUGCCCGGACUAUCCAAUUCAAACCUACACCUAGCCGCAUCCCUCGGCCACCAGGAAAUAUGCGAGAUUCUCCUGAAAGCCGGCCAUGAAGACCCCUGUCCUGCCCUCAACGAGAAUCACCAGACGGCUUUGAUGCUGGCGUCAUCUGCCGGGCACUCCGAAGUUGUACAUUUACUCUGCGAAUACGAUAGAAGCUGCAUUCUACGACGAGAUAUUAGGGGCCGUGAUGCCAUCAUGGAAGCCAGCAUGGGCGGCCACGACACCGCUCUUCAGAUCCUCUUGACAUACGUGCCCGGCGGCCCACGUGAGGCCGUUCAGAGGGCCGAUUUAGAAGGCAAUACGGCAUUGCACUUUGCCAGCAGCAAUGGGAAUUUGUUGGGGCUACGUACAUUACUUGCGGCUGGCGCCGAUGUAGAACGGCGGAACAUUUGGAACUGGACUCCUGCUGCUUACAGCGCCACUGUUCAGGCUGAGGUGUAUCUCAAGGGCCUGGUGACGGAGGUGGAGAGACGACAGCAGCUGAAAAAGGAGAUUGAAGCCACCAAGAACAGAAAAGUUGGCACGGUACGAGUGGUUGCUGCAGACAGCGACGAUGAAUGA